AUGCUUUGUGGAUUGUAUUUCGUCUGCGGUAUUUUGCUCCUGUACGGGGUUUUGGGCAUGCCGAUGCUUCCUUUCGAGGGAGGCACCUAUGAAUCGGAGUUCAUACAUAAUUUAACCAGUCAAAUGGUCGCCAAAAAUAAGAUUGAAACAAUGGCCACCUACGGAGUAAAUCGGGAACUGCAACGAUUGCGGUUGAUUGUGUCCAAAUCCAUUGAGCAAUCGCUGACGGAGGAAUUCCAAGUACCAAUCGUCGUUUGGGGACUGAGACGAAAUAUCAGUCUGCGACAUUUACUGGGCUACAAAACCCUGAUCUGUGUUAGCAUAAGCAGUGUGCUGCCCGACGAGGAACCCAUUUUUGAUGUUUUAACUGAUGGCUUAGUGGGCUUGCAUUAUGUUCCGAUGCUCUUUGUCUACAAACGUUUGGGAAAUAUACCACCUACGAGGGAUACGCUGAGAGCAUUUUUCACCUGGUGCUGGCAGCACCGUUUUACCAAUGUGUUCCUAGUAUUUCAGCUACGUACGCUUAAUUAUUCUACUGGACAAAUCAGUGACGUUGCGCGGAAUGAAAUCUAUAGCUACACACCAUUUCCCAAGCUCACUAUUCGGAAUCUAACCCAGACGGGAUAUCGGCAGGUGGACAUAAUGAUGGAUGUAAGGGGCUAUGAGUUUCGAGUGCCCGUAUUUCAGGAUCCCCCCAAUGUGAUUAUGCUUCCAAACGGCUGUCUAUCCGGAGCCCUGGGCCUUCUGUUUUCCGCGUACGUGCACCACAGAAGAGGGAUCCUCCGCCUGGAGCCCGUCACCCAUGUGGACAGAUACAGCUACCAGGAGCAGGAGCACCUGAUGCUGGCCCCUGCCCGCGGCGAGAUCGAGAUGGGCGUGCAUCCGUACUCCCCGAUGCAGUUAAACUCCUCGCUGAUGGCAGGCAGUUUUCCGCUGGGCACGACCAAAACCUGUGUUUUAGUGCCCUGGCAGCGGGAAUCGCCUUCGGUCCGAUUCAUGCGGAUGGCCGCCCGCAUAAAUGGUCCCUUUUUCGUGAUACUCCUGGUGGCGAUGACCUUAUUCUGGCAGCUGGUAUUUGGACGAUGGCGACUGGGCGUCCAUCUCACUUUGGUGACCUUCUUCCAACAAUCUUUGCCGAACAGAGAGUUUCGUCGCCUGGCGGAGUCGUACAAGUUCCUCCAUGUUUUCCUGCUCUUCGGCUCCUUAGUUUUGUGGAUAAUGCGCACGGCAAAUUUGUCAUCGGUUUUUACUUCAAAGAUGCCUGGGCGGCAGAUUGAAACAGCCGAGGACUUUCUGGCCACGCCAUUACGGCUUAUGUUGACGGAAACGGAAGUGGAAAUGUAUUUCACCGCCGGAUUGUUGCCCUCGGCACUUUUGCCACGCCUCCUGGUGGUCAACAAGACGACCCUGAUGGAGCAUUUGGACAGCUUGAAUAGCAGCUACGCCUACUGCAGCACCGCGGAGCACUGGAGAGUGGUUUUGAUGCAGCAGCGGCGAAUGUACCGACCACCAUUUCGAGUGGCCUCGAAGCUUUGCACCACCCCGCAAUUUCUGCGAUUUCCCGUGCAGCGGAAUUCGCCCUUCGAGCGGAACUUCUACCGCUUUGGCAUCCAUUCGCUGCAAUUUGGCUUCUGGCGUCACUGGUUGAGUCGUAGUCUUCGGGAGGCGAUUGAAUUGCGCCUCGUCGUGGAGCUUACAGAUGACUAUCUGCCGUUUCAGAGCCUGACUUACAUGGACUUCGAAGUCCUGAUAAAAGUAUACUUUCUUUGUUUGCUGGGCUCUAGUUUAUGCCUCUUGGGUGAAUUUGUUUGGCAUUAUUAUAAAAAGGACAGGAUUGUAAGCUAA